GUUCCCAUACAAUUAUUUGUUUAAUAAAGUAACAACGGCUUCUUCUUCUUUUUUAAGGGAAAAUUCAACGGUCAAUUUAUAGACACUUGAAGAGUUGAAGGGAAGUUUCUUUGAUAGCGAUCUCAUCCUCUUUAUUACUUUUAAAUGGAAUUAACUUGUUUUUAUCACUUAUAUGAACCAAUAUAAGCCAAGUUUCCUAGUGUUUUUUGAAUUGUUAAAUUGAUAGUGUUUACAUGUUUAAACCAGAGAUAAAUUUUGAAGUUCCUCUGAUUCCCAUUGUUGGGGAUGGCUUUUGCUUCCCUUACCUUGUGAACUUAACUGUGAAGAAGAAAGUCCUUGGACUCUCACAUAUAGACAUAGAUGUGUUGGAUGAUACUGGGAAUUCCCUUCUACAAGGUGAUGGAAAAGUUUGGCAUCUAAGGAAGAAAAAGAGAAUCAUUACUGAUCCUGCUGGUUUACCCCUCCUUACUCUGCGCGAAAAGACACUUUCAUGGCGUAAUACGUGGAAAGUUUAUCGUGGGGAGAGUUCAGACAGAAAUGAUGUGCUCUACACAGUUAAAAGAUCAAGCACAAUUCAAAUGAAAAUGCAACUUGAUGUGUUCUUGGCUAGCAAUGUCAAUGGAGAGAUCUGUGAUUUCCAUGUAAAGGGAUCUUUCACCAAUCAGUCUUUCAAAGUUUACAAAAGGGACACUUUAAUCGCUGAGGUGAAAGAGAGAUUCAAACUUGGAAGCUUCUUCAAAGGAAGAGAAAAUUUUGAAUUAAGAGUUUAUCCUGGUGUGGAUUAUGCAUUUAUCGUCUCGAUAUUGAUAAUAUAUAACGAAAUAUACGGGGAAGGAUAGGAGUUUUAUCUCCAUACGCUAUACAAAUUGGCAGGUUUUUGUGUCAAAAUCCACAUCUAGGACCUGGAAAUAUAGGAAUUUUGCCUUUUUUAAGGAUGUAUAUAGAUCAGUUUUUUGCU